AUGGAAUUGAGAAAGAGAGGAAUGCCCUUAUUAGCCAACUGUGGCAGGUGCUUGCAACAAGAGGAGGAUAUACCUCAUGCAUUAUGGGGCUGUCCUAAGAUUCAAAAAAUAUGGAAGCAACUGGGUUAUUCCAAGUUUACAGAUCUCAUUGGCCUUAAUGCCUCGGCCUUCCUUUGGUGGCAAUGGGAACAUCUCUCAAAGGAGGAGUUCAUCCGUUUUGUGGGUUAUACUUGGUUGAUUUGGCAACGACGCAACCAGUUCAUUUUUCAACACAGGGACCCGGGCAUUAACUUCUGGAUUCCUUGGGCGAUAGAGACCAUAGAACAUCAAGUGGGACAGCAAAAAACCAGUCCAGGCCCUCCUCCUUCAAAGCCUAUUCUUCUCUGGCAGUCCCCUCCCAAGGAUUUUUUCAUAAUCAAUACGGAUGCUUCACUGGUUCACGUGCAGGAAGGCUGUGGAAUAAGUGCGAUAAUUCGUAACGAAGCUGGCGGAUUAAUUGUUGCUGAAAUUGUAUACACACCUGGUUGUAUGGCUGUCAACUUAGUCGAAGAUGCUGCUAUUCUUUUGCGACUUAAGCUAGCCAUUAAAUGGUCCAUCUCAAACGUGUGGGUAGCCUCGGACAGCAAAACAAUGAUAUCUGCUAUUACUAAUGGUGCUUCUUCUCCAACCGAUUGGGGGCAUUUGUUCGAAGUAUGGACUGAUAGUUUACCUUCUUGUGCUGCUGCUUUUUUAAUAGCAGAUGUGCCUAGUGUUGCUUAG